AUAAAAGAGAGAAGGCUUUGGGAAUUUCUUCAAUCUGUUAUUAAAAAUUAAUUGACUUCCAAAAGGCCUAAACAAAAUGGUAACUGCUGCAGUAGAUGAUCCCUUUCCGGCCUUCGCCAUUUUCUUGGGAAGUACGGGGGCGGCGUUCGCCAUUAUAUUCACCUCAUUGGGAGCAGCCUACGGAACAGCGGUUUCCGGAAUCGGAAUUGCCAAGAUGGCGGUGAACCGACCGGAUAUGAUCAUGAAGGCCAUUAUACCGGUCGUAAUGGCAGGGAUCAUUGCGAUCUACGGCUUGGUGGUUUCCGUUCUGAUUGCAGGAUCGAUCAACGAUGAGUACACUGUCAAAAUGAGCUAUCUGCACCUGGGCGCCGGAUUAUCGGUCGGACUGUCCGGACUUGUGGCCGGAAUAGCCAUCGGAAUCGCCGGAGACGCCGGAGUCCGGGGAACCGCCGAGCAACCACGGCUUUUCGUGGGCAUGAUCCUCAUCCUGAUCUUCGCCGAGGUGCUCGGACUUUAUGGCCUUAUUGUGGCCAUCUAUUUGUACACUAAAUGAAUUAGGUAUUUUGCACCAUGUCCUGAAUUUCUGUACUUUUUAUAUGGAUUUAUGAAUAUUUCUCAUUUCUCUUAAAACCAUAAAAAACAAUUCAUGUAAUUGAUGUCAUUAUAUGUUACAUUUAUAUUGAAAUGAACAUAAGCUAUAAUAUACUUAUUUUAAGUCACCCAUU